AACCAGCUUAAAGUAGUGGUGAGCCUGCCCGCUUGGCUCCGCCCACCGCAUUCGUAGCCACAUCCCCGCCCCGCUUCGCCCCGCCCCGCAGGGAACCACCCAACGCCACUUCCGGUUUCAACCUCCCAAUCGGCCUCCGUCGCUCUCCACUUCCCUCGCCUCAGCUCUCUUCCCCGCCCCUACCGCUCCUUUGACACAAUCACGUGAGGGGCGAGCGCGGGGGCUGCCGGGAGUAGUACUGCCGGUGGGUUAAGGUUCGGCCUGAACAUGGCGGUUCCGGUCGGGCAGUGACCAAGGCUUUGCCGUCGGGAGGACUCUGGCGAUUAUCGGUGUCCCCACUUAUCGGGGCGGAAUGCAAGGACGCCGGGGAGAGCGCUGAGGCGCGGCGGCGAAGGGGAAGGGGUCAGUGUUGUGUGCCUCGGGAGCCAAGGCGGCGGUAUCGGUUCCUUGUACUCGUCUGCAGGCUCCAGCGCGGGGCCCCGCCCGGCCGGGCAGGCGGCCGGUCAGGCCGGCGGGUGGGCGGCACAGGCGGCGGCGGUAAGCUGCUGCAGCCGCAGGAUCAGCUUGGAGGGUCGGCCGGAGGUCGGGCGCCACCGUCUGUGCCGCGGCGAUGGCCCAGUGUGUACAGUCAGUGCAGGAGCUGAUCCCGGACUCCUUCGUCCCUUGUGUCGCCGCGUUGUGCAGCGACGACGCCGAGCGGCUCACUCGUCUCAAUCAUCUCAGCUUCGCCGAGCUGCUCAAGCCCUUUUCUCGCCUCACUUCCGAGGUUCAUAUGAGAGAUCCCAGUAAUCAACUUCACAUAAUUAAAAAUUUGAAGAUAGCAGUAAGCAACAUUAUCACCCAACCACCUCAGCCUGGAGCCAUUCGGAAGCUUUUGAAUGAUGUUGUUUCUGGCAGUCAGCCUGCAGAAGGAUUAGUAGCUAAUGUGAUUACAGCGGGAGAUUAUGACCUUAACAUCAGUGAUCGGUCAAUUAAAGCUAGUGUUCCUUGGUACAGUAAUUGGAAAGACACUUUGAUGGAAUUGAAAGAAUCCUCGUUGUACACAGCUACUACUCCAUGGUUCGAGUCUUAUAGAGAGACCUUUCUUCAGUCGAUGCCAGCAUCAGAUCAUGAAUUUCUGAACCACUAUUUAGCAUGUAUGUUGGUAGCAUCAUCUAGCGAAGCUGAACCUAUGGAACAGUUUUCAAAGUUGUCACAAGAACAGCAUCGAAUUCAACACAACAGUGAUUAUUCCUACCCUAAGUGGUUUAUACCAAAUACACUUAAAUAUUAUGUACUUUUACAUGAUGUAAGCACAGGAGAUGAACAGAGAGCUGAAUCAAUUUAUGAAGAAAUGAAACAGAAAUAUGGAACUCAGGGUUGCUAUUUACUUAAAAUCAAUUCUCGAACAUCAAAUCGAGCAUCAGAUGAACAGAUACCAGAUCCUUGGAGUCAGUAUCUCCAGAAAAAUAGUAUUCAAAACCAGGAAUCAUAUGAAGAUGGCCCUUGUACUAUAACCUCAAAUAAGAAUUCUGAUAGUAACUUACUUUCAUUGGAUGGAUUAGAUAACGAAGUCAAAGAUGGCAUACCAAAUAACUUUAGAACUCACCCACUUCAAUUGGACCAAUCCAGUGACCCUUCUAACAGCAUUGACGGUCCAGAUCAUGUAAAAUCUGCUUCAUCAUUACACGAAACAAAGAAAGCAAAUACUGGAGUGAUUCAUGGUGCGUGUUUAACACUUACUGAUCAUGAUAGAAUUCGACAGUUUAUACAAGAGUUUACAUUUCGUGGCCUUUUGCCACAUAUAGAGAAAACAAUUCGGCAAUUAAAUGAUCAGCUAAUAUCCAGAAAAGGGUUGAGUCGGUCUCUAUUUUCUGCAACUAAAAAAUGGUUUAGUGGUAGUAAAGUUCCAGAAAAGAGCAUUAAUGAGCUGAAAAAUACAUCAGGGUUGCUGUAUCCACCAGAAGCACCAGAGCUUCAAAUCAGGAAGAUGGCUGACUUAUGCUUCUUGGUGCAACAUUAUGAUCUGGCUUACAGUUGCUAUCACACCGCAAAGAAGGACUUUCUCAACGAUCAAGCAAUGCUAUAUGCAGCUGGGGCCUUGGAAAUGGCAGCAGUAUCCGCAUUUCUUCAGCCAGGAGCACCUAGGCCAUACCCUGCUCACUACAUGGAUACGGCUAUUCAGACAUACAGGGAUAUCUGCAAGAAUAUGGUAUUGGCUGAAAGAUGUGUAUUGCUUAGUGCUGAAAUUUUAAAAAGCCAAAGCAAAUAUUCAGAGGCUGCAGCUCUCCUAAUACGGCUGACAAGUGAGGAUUCUGAUCUUCGAAGUGCACUUCUCUUGGAACAGGCGGCACAUUGCUUUAUAAACAUGAAGAGUCCCAUGGUUAGAAAAUACGCAUUUCAUAUGAUAUUGGCAGGCCAUCGGUUUAGUAAAGCUGGACAGAAAAAGCAUGCUUUACGCUGCUAUUGUCAAGCCAUGCAAGUUUAUAAAGGAAAAGGCUGGUCUCUUGCAGAGGAUCACAUUAACUUCACAAUUGGGCGCCAAUCCUAUACUCUUAGGCAACUGGACAAUGCUGUGUCUGCUUUUAGGCAUAUUUUAAUCAAUGAAAGUAAGCAAUCUGCUGCUCAACAAGGGGCCUUCCUCAGAGAAUAUCUUUAUGUUUAUAAGAAUGUGAGUCAGCUGUCACCAGAUGGCCCUUUACCACAGCUCCCUUUACCAUACAUUAACAGCUCAGCCACACGGGUUUUCUUUGGCCAUGAUAGACGACCAGCAGAUGGUGAAAAGCAAGCAGCUACUCAUGUAAGUCUUGAUCAAGAAUAUGACUCUGAAUCUUCUCAGCAGUGGCGAGAACUUGAGGAACAAGUAGUGGCUGUGGUUAACAAAGGAGUAAUUCCAACCAAUUUUCAUCCCACACAAUACUGUUUGAACAAUUACUCAGAUAACUCCAGAUUUCCACUGGCAGUUGUGGAAGAGCCAAUUACAGUGGAAGUAGCUUUUAGAAACCCUUUGAAAGUUCCACUUUUGUUGACUGAUUUGUCACUGCUGUGGAAGUUUCAUCCUAAAGAUGUCAGUGGAAAGGAUAAUGAAGAAGUUAGAGAACUAGUUAUAGGUGAACCUGGAAUGAUUGGAACUGAAGUUAUUUCUGAAUUCUUAAUUAAUAGUGAAGAAUCUAAAGUGGCAAGACUAAAGCUCUUUCCCCAUCACGUAGGGGAGCUGCAUAUUCUGGGAGUUGUUUAUGAUCUCGGCACUGUUCAGGGCUCCAUGACAGUAGAUGGCAUUGGUUCUCUUUCUGGAUGUCACACAGGAAAGCAUUCCUUGAAUAUGUCAGUGCGAGGGAGACAGGAUUUAGAAAUUCAAGGUCCUCGACUUAACAACACAAAAGAAGAGAAAACAUCUAUUAAAUAUGGUCCUGAUCGACGUUUAGAUCCUAUAAUCACUGAAGAAAUGCCACUACUGGAGGUGUUCUUUAUACAUUUUCCUACAGGGCUCCUCUGUGGAGAAAUCCGAAAAGCAUACGUAGAAUUUGUCAAUGUCAGCAAAUGUCCUCUUACUGGAUUGAAGGUUGUUUCUAAACGUCCAGAGUUCUUUACUUUUGGUGGGAAUACUGCUAUUCUCACACCGCUGAGCCCCUCGGCCUCUGAAAACUGUAGUGCUUAUAAGACUGUUGUGACAGACUCUACCUCUAUGUGUAUAGCACUCACAUCUUCAGCUUCUUCUGUGGACUUUGGCAUUGGCUUAGGAAGUCAGCCAGAGGUGAUUCCAGUUCCCCUUCCUGACACUGUUCUUUUACCUGGAGCUUCAGUCCAGCUGCCAAUGUGGUUACGGGGCCCAGAUGAAGAAGGUGUACAUGAAAUUAAUUUUUUGUUUUACUAUGAAAGUGUUAAAAAGCAGCCUAAAAUACGACACAGAAUAUUAAGGCAUACUGCAGUUAUUUGUACCAGUCGAUCUUUAAAUGUUCGCGCCACUGUCUGUAGAAGUAAUUCACUUGAUGAUGAAGAAGGCAGAGGAGGCAAUAUGUUAGUCUUUGUGGAUGUGGAAAAUACAAAUACUAGUGAAGCAGGUGUUAAGGAAUUCCACAUAGUACAAGUAUCAAGUAGUAGCAAGCACUGGAACUUACAAAAAUCUGUAAAUCUCUCUGAAAACAAAGAUUCCAAGUUGGCCAGUAGGGAGAAGGGCAAGUUUUGCUUCAAGGCAAUAAGAUGUAAAGAAAGAGAAGCUGCUUCACAAUCCUCAGAAAAGUACACUUUUGCAGAUAUCAUCUUUGGAAAUGAACAGAUAAUAAGUUCAGCAAGCCCGUGUGCAGAUUUCUUUUUUCGAAGUUUAUCCUCUGAAUUGAAAAAAACACAAACUCAGGUGUCUGGGCAUACAGAAAGACAUUCAGCAGAGGAUGCCGUGAGAUUGAUUCAAAAGUGCAGUGAGGUGGAUUUGAAUAUUGUCAUUUUAUGGAAGGCAUAUGUUGUGGAAGACAGUAAGCAGCUUAUUUUGGAAGGUCAGCAUCAUGUUAUUCUUCAUACUAUAGGAAAAGAAUCCUUUUCCUAUCCUCAGAAACAGGAGCCACCAGAAAUGGAACUACUAAAAUUUUUCAGACCAGAAAACACUACAGUUUCCUCAAGACACAGUUAG